UAAUCAGUGAAAUUUUUUUAUCAGGUAGAUGAGGGAAACUUAGUAAUCAAAUUCUGUGCAACUGAAAUUUUAUUUAGAAAGGAAAAUGUUUGGGUAGAGUGUUUCCUGCUACAGGAGGGCCUCUCUCUUACAGUGCAGGUGGUCAGCCUCUGACUUUGGAUAUGCCCAAACAGCUGCUUGGGACGGAAGCACUUGGCCAAGCAUGGGGAGCAUCCAGGGUUUGUAGCUGGGGAAAGGGCUGAUGGUGGAUAAUUUGUGGUGGUUGCCACUGCUUAUCCAAGGAACAGAGUGCAAAAUAAAGACCCUUUUCUGAUUUUCCUGUGCUCUUAGGUAAGCUUUUAUUGUUCACAGCCUGGGGUGAAGCAGUGUUGGAAUGUCAGCCUUAACAGGCAUCUACUGUUCCAAAAGAUAAAGCCCUCUAAAUAGCAUCCCAGGCCAUAGCUAAUAGGCUGUGGUGGGAAUCCCAUCAGCCAGUCAGCAGGUGGGCAGCAGGCUUGUUCAGCAAGAACUUUGUCACCUGUAGUUUUGCAUUUGUGCGUCUUCCACAUUUCAUCCACUUUCAGCUUCUGGUUGAUAUGUUUAAUCUCUUUUUUCAAGUUUUUUAUCCUUGCAUUUGAAAAAACUGCAGUAUGCUGGAAGGUUUCCCCAUGUGAGCCUGCAGGGACUCUGUGUGUAUCUGGUGUUUCCUUAGGUCAGAAGUAAUUCUGGCAUUAUGUUUCCCUGCUUUUCACUAAACGAAAACAAACCUCAAGUUAUUUCUUAGACAUUUUCAGUAACAGCAUACGUGCCUUGAAGUUUUCGUAGAGAGUUAUUCCCAAAUCCUCUUUAGUUCUGUGAUACUAGAGAUAGGUGACUCUGCUUCGGCUAAAGAUAGAUCUCCUGGUUGCUGGCUGCCUUGCUGGAGUGGUUCAGCUUAGAGCAGAUGGCCAUAAAUGGAAAGAGCAACUGAAGAGAGACAGCUACCUUGGCCAGAGUGUGGAUAAUGGGCAACAGGUGUUCCUGCAGUCACCGCUUUUCAGAACCUUUACAAGGUAGAAGCAUCAGUUCAUGGCAGUAAUGUGCACUGCACAGAUAAGACAUUUGAAGCUGCAGAGGCCUUGCUUCAUAUGGAGUCUCCUACCUGCCUGAGAGAUGCCAGGAGUCCUGUGGAAGUUUUUGUCCCUCCUUGUGUGUCCACCCCAGAAUUUAUCCAUGCAGCCAUGAGACCUGAUGUGAUCACAGAAACCGUGGUGGAAGUAUCAACAGAGGAAUCUGAACAAAUGGAUGUAUCUCCCGUUCCAACUUCCCCUGAUAUCCAUGAACCAAUGAAAAAGAAAAAGGCUGGCCGUAAACCCAAGACCCAGCAAUCAGCUUUAUCUGAUGGGUCUCCAGAUCUAGGUAUAAAGAAGAAACCUAGAGAAGGCAAAGGAAAUACAACAUACUUAUGGGAGUUCCUGUUGGACCUUCUUCAGGACAAAAAUACAUGUCCUCGAUAUAUUAAAUGGACUCAGAGAGAGAAAGGAAUCUUUAAACUUGUGGAUUCAAAAGCUGUCUCUAAACUCUGGGGAAAACACAAAAACAAACCUGACAUGAACUAUGAGACUAUGGGAAGAGCUCUGAGAUACUACUAUCAAAGAGGAAUCCUGGCAAAAGUUGAGGGACAGAGGCUUGUGUAUCAGUUUAAGGAGAUGCCAAAAAAUAUAGUUGUCAUAGAUGAUGACAAAAGUGAGUCCUGCAAUGAAGAUUUGUCAAUGCCUACAGAUGAGAAGUCCCUGGAAAGAGUGUCUUUAUCUGCAGAAAACCUUUUAAAAGCAGCAACCUCUGCACGUGGAGGAAAAAAUUCCUCUCAGUUAAGCUGUACCAGAACAGAAAAAGCACUCACCAGAGUUGUGAAUAUUGCCUCACCAGCUCAUGACACAUCCUCAUCUCAUCCUUCUACUACCACUGCUACUGUCCCAGCAACAACAGCUCCCAGGACUGUUCGUGUGGCAAUGCAAGUGCCUGUUGUCAUGACCUCUUUGGGACAGAAAAUCUCAACUGUGGCAGUGCAGUCUGUAAAUGCAGGGUCACCGUUAAUAACCAACACAAGUCCAAACACAGCAACAACUCCAAAGGUAGUAAUCCAGACAAUCCCUACUGUGAUGCCAACCUCUGCUGAAAAUGGAGACAAAAUCACAAUGCAGCCCACCAAAAUCAUCACGAUCCCUGCCACGCAACUCACGCAGUGUCAGUUGCAAACAAAAACGAGCCUGUCUGGGUCAGGAAGUAUCAAUAUUGUGGGAGCCCCAUUGGCUGUUAGAGCACUAACCCCAGUGUCCAUAGCUCAUGGGACACCAGUAAUGAGACUGUCGGUUCCUGCUCAGCAGGCCUCUGGCCAGACUCCUCCCAGGGUGAUUAGUGCAGUUCUCAAAGGUCCAGAAGUUAAAUCAGACACAGCCGCUUUGAAACAGGAAUGUGAAGUGAAAACGCUGCAGCUGGUAAAAGAGGAGAAGCCAGUGGAUGGAAGCAAGACUGUAACCCA